AUGUCCUCCCUAGCCAUGUCCGCACAGUCUCCAACACCUUCUCCGACCCCCCAACGCUUCAACGUCUACAUAGUACGUGACGGACCUAUCAUGGCGGACCCCGAUCUACCAGGAGUUCGCUACCACAACACCAUCCUCGUCGAAACAGGCGCCGAUGGCUCCGGAGUCAUCCACCACGUCACCGGCGACCUCGUGCUCGGUUUCCACUACGAGCGCAAGGAAUCUCCACCACCUGAGCUGUCCCCGACGUUUUACAGUAAGGAGUUUUUCGGGACCGUUCUGGCCUCUGCACAUCCGGUGGCGUUUGAUCAGGUCUGCGAAGCGCAGCCUCCUCCGCCUAGACAGAAGGCGUUCAAUAUGGCGACUAUGAAGACGGAGCCGUUCAAGGCUGACGGUAGCUUUUACCAGCCGGGAGAGCAGAGCAGGCCUUUGGUUAAGUGCACAGAGUGGACGGAACGCCAGGCGAUGCCGGCGUUGUUCCGGUCGAACGUCGUUCAGCGGACUCAUGCGGUCACCCUCGAGCCUUCUUCCGCCGCCUCCUCGGACCUCUCGUCGAGAUGA